AUGAGUAUCGGCGGGUUCUCGUCAGUUCGGAUCGUUAUUUACGUAUCGAUCGUGAUCCUCAUGCCGUACGAAAGCUACCUCGCUUACGAUCGAUACGCUGCGAACGACGAUGAGUGCGUCUUGUGCUGGCGUAGCUUGUUGCAUAACUUGGCCAUGGAAGAAGACAGCUACCACAAGAGACUCUGCCCGGACAAGACGAUGAAGAGCGACUACGGCAGUUCUGUGGCUACCCCGUCAAACGGCGUCGAAGACCACCAAAAAAUUACCAGACGCAUCGGCUCCUGCUACUGCGCCCGGCGCUACUACUUGGCCGUCUGUGCGUUCCUUGGUUUUUGCCUCAUCUACACGAUGCGAGUGAACCUGAGCAUCGCCAUACUGUACAUGACAAGAAACAACACGAACGUAGCGGCAAAUGAGACGGAAGGCGUGACAUCUACGUUCGACGGCUGGGAUUCAGUCACGCAGGGCGUGAUCAUGGGCGCCUUUUUCUACGGCUACAUCAUCAGUCAGUUGCCCGGAGGCAUACAGAGCUCUGUAUCCGUCAGUGCAACCAUGCGUCAAGUUCCAGUUGAUAACUAUGUUAUUUUGGUCAAAGAAGACAUUUACCGGCUCUCCGUUAUCUAA